AUGUCGUCCACCGACGGAUCGACCACUCCCACCAUAAUGAGUAAACCCGACAAAGAAGUCAUCUCAAGCCCAGGGGCUGCCGAAAAGGCGGAGCCAGAGACUGAGCCCACAACAUUCUCCUCCACCUUCCAAGAAGCUAUUUUCAUCCUCAUUAUCGGCCUAUCACAACUAUUCUCCGUCGGCGGUUUAGGCGUUGCCGCCUACUCAAUGGAGCAGAUCGGUACAGCUCUCGGCACAAACAGCAAUGGCCAGAUGUCUUGGUUCCUAGCUUCAUAUUCCCUCUGUGGUGGCGUCUUUGUCCUAGUCACCGGUCGUCUGGGUGAUCACUUCGGCCAUAAGUACGUCUUCCUCUUUGGCUGGAUUUGGAUGGCUAUCUGGUCUCUGGUUUGUGGUUUCUCCCACGACGUCAAGUUAUUUGAUAUCGCUCGUGGAAUGAUGGGAAUCGGAAAUGGCGCUUUAGUCCCCAACUCCUUCGCACUGUUGGCGCGGGCAUUCCCUCCUCUGUCUGUGAAGAAGAAUAUCGCCUUUGCUUUCCUGGGCUUCUGCGCUCCGUCAGGCUACAUCUUCGGCGGAUUGAUCGGAGCUGCUUUCGGUCAAAAAGUCACCUGGCGGUGGGGAUUCUGGUUCUGGGCUAUCGGCUGCCUCGUUCUCAGUGUGGCAACCUUUGUGAUUGUUCCUCACCGAAUCGGCUCCCCGAUCCCGGGACUGAGUCUCCGCCAAUUUGACUACAUUGGUAGCUUGCUCGGCGUGUCAGCCCUUAUUUUGUUCUCAUUUGCUUGGAAUCAGGCUUCGGUCGUUGGCUGGCAAGAGCCAUACAUCUAUGCCUUGCUGAUUGUCAGCGUCUUUCUGCUCGUCGGAUUUGUCUUCUCCCAAUCCCGCGUCUCUGCACCUGUCCUGCCCAACUCCCUAUGGCGUCGCCCUGGCUUCGCGCCAGUGGUCACUGCCAUGGCAUUUGGAUGGAUGUCAUUUGGAAUCUUCCUCUACUACACCACCGUCUAUAUUCUCACUAUCCAUAAGACCCAGCCGCUUGCCGCAGUGGCUCAAAUGGUUCCGCUGGUUAUUGGUGGACUAUUUGCUACUACAGCUGUUGGGCUCUUCGUCGCCAAGACGCCUGCUCAGUAUAUCUUCGGCGUGUCCAUGUUCUCCUUCUUCAUCGGCAACUUGCUCAUGAGCUUCGUGAACUACUCAAAUGUCUACUGGGCUUUCAUCUUCCCUGCUUGUUUGUUUGUUGUCGGUGGGCCCGACUUGUCUUUCGCCUCGUCUGGAAUCCUCAUUUCCAACGCUGUCCUUCCUGAAGAGCAGGGUGUUGCUGGAUCAUUCAUCUCAACGGUUGUGCAGUACUCCAUCUCUAUUGGUCUCGGCAUUGCCGCCACUGUUGAGUCGCAUGUCAAUGAGGGAGGAGAGAACCCUAUUCUUGGCUACCGUGGCGCGUUCUGGUUGGGAAUUGGAUUUGCGGCCGUGGGAUUCUUCGUUGUGAUUUUCUUUGUUCGCGACCACAGAUUUGAGUCUGAGAAAGGGGACCAGUCCGGCCCAGAAGCUAUCUCCGAGACAGCGGAGCUGUGA